GCGGCUUAUCCAUCGCGGGGCUGCCCUUGGCAGUGGAGGGCAUCGAACGCAGCAUCAGUUCUAAGAAACUCGUGGCUCCGUGCUCGCAAUCAAUUUUCAUCAACUUGGCUCUCUUUGCUACUGGACCUGUGGACUUGAGGGGAGGCCAGCUGGCUUGUUCCUCGAGUUGGGCUUUCGUGGCAUCUUGUGGGAUUAUUCGUUGUCUGUGCUGUGCGUUGUGCAGCUCUCUUCACUGCGACUUCUGAAGGUCACCGGGACCGUUACACGAAUUGGUGAAUUGUCUCAGGGGGAGGAGACCUGUGGUUUUGAGGAAUUCUUUCGUUCAGUAGUUUCUGGGCGUGGUGGUGGUGGUGGUUGUGUGUAUUUGAAUGAUGGCAAUGACAGUGGGUGAGUUUGGGUUGAGCCUGAAGAAUGCGGCCGCGCCUGUCGUUGGUGCUGCUGCAUGUGAGAAGAGCUCGAUUCAGAGUGGGCCAAGCAAAGCUCCUCAUUCAGUGCAUUUCGGGACCAGGAUAUCUCCGAGAGUAGAUCUCCGAAGCUUGAAUUUCUUUGGGAGAGUAUUAGGGUUGGGCGUCGAAGCUCCUAGCACAUCGUCGAACUCCUUCGUGGUGAGAGCCAGUUCUGCUUCCGCAGAGAAGGCGAAGGCUCGGUAUCCGGGCGAAAAGAAGGGAUUCGUAGAGGAAAUGCGCUUUGUGGCCAUGAAAUUGCACACCAAAGAUCAAUCCAAGGAGGGGGAGAAGGAAUCGGAUGCGCAGCCGAUAGGGCAAUGGGAGCCCACCAUUGAGGGGUAUCUGAAAUUCCUCGUGGACAGCAAGAGGGUUUACGACACCAUGGAGUCUAUUGUUCAGAAGGCCUCUCAUCCUUCUUAUGAGCUUUUCAGGAAUACCGGGCUAGAGCGAGCAGAAAAAUUAGCUAAGGACCUUGAGUGGUUCGCAGAGCAAGGGCAUGUAAUCCCAGAACCUGGAACAGAUGGAACCACAUACUCCAAGUACCUGACUGAGCUUUCUGAGACGGAUGUUCCUUCCUUCAUUUGCCACUUCUACAACGUUUACUUUGCCCAUUCAGCAGGCGGUAAAUUUAUCGGAAAGAAGGUCGCAGAGAUGAUUUUGGAUGGUAGGGAGUUGGAGUUUUAUAAGUGGGAUGGAGAGCUCUCUCAGCUCCUGGGAGCAGUUAAGGAAAAUCUUAACAAAGUUGCAGAGGAAUGGACACGAGAAGAGAAGAACAAGUGCCUCAAAGAGACGGAGAAUUCUUUCAAAUACUCUGGUAAGAUCUUGCGUUUGAUCGCCACUUCGAAAUGAAGACCACCCAAGUACAAUUACACGUAGGUCCAUAUCAUUUCAAGUUUCAGUUUACGGUGCGAUUUGAAGAUACUUCUCUCUGUAAUUUCUGGCGUGAGUGGAGAAACCAAACUGAGGUAAACUGCUACGCAUUUUAAGUUGCUAGACUUUACAUUCGGAGCUUUGUACAUGAAUAUACAAAUGUGAAGGGAUCAAAUUUCAUGAAACCAUAUCUGUGUAAAGGUCUCCAUACCACCUAUUCUCUUGAUUUGUAAAGGCAAAAUGACUGCUAGCAAGGUACCACAACUAAGCCAAGAUCAUGAGCUCAGCGAAUUAGGAGCUGACCUGAAAUUCUUCCUAGAUACUUGUAGUGAACAGCCCGGGUGCGUUCCAGUCCACAGCAGUCAUGAAGGCACUGCUGGAAUACUUCAGUUACUCAUGUAGCUCUCCAUUGCCUUGAAAUUUUCCCAAUGGACCUCAAAGUCAUACCCAUUUAAUAAAUACAUUCAGUCCGUUGUUAUUUA